AUGUCUGUGAAUGGAAGAGUUUCUGCUUCAAAUGGAAGAUUGUCACAGAAAAUCAAAUCUAGGAAAGAAAAUGAGUCUUCUUUGCGCGUGUCUAAUUCUACUUGGACAUGUUUGUGGAAACAAUUUCUCUUUUGGGUUUUUGGUGCUUUUGUUGCUAUUGGGACUGUUUGGUUUAUCUUAUAUAGUUUGACUAAUGAAGCAGCUUGUGAAAAAAGUACACAAAGGUUGCUACAACGUUACAAUGUCAGUAGGGAGCAGCUUCAUGCUUUGGCCUCCUUGUUCCCUGAAUCAGAUCAGAUUUUGUCCAACUGUAUUGAUGAAAAAAGGAUUCAAAUACUGUUGAGCAGCGGCAUAGUCAACACUCCACAUUCGAUUUGUCCGAAGAAUCAAGAGUUUUCGAAGGAGAGUCUAUGUGUUGUAGAGUCUCUAGCACAAUGUCCGGUUCGCGAUGAUUUCGUUGAGGCAAGGACUGGAUUAUCAUUAUCAUUCUCAUUCCCAUGGAAAACAUAUGUCACAUUGGAUUUUGCGCCGCGGUCCAAGUUGGUUAAUGUUUUGCUCUGUUGGAUCGUUAUUGUAAUUAUUAUGUCACUCAAGUUGUCUGGUGUGUGCUUAAUAAGUAGGAGUCGAAGGCAGAAGUUAGGUCAGGAGAAUCCGGCUGGUCAACUAAAGCCACUUCAACGUUUUACGCAUGGUCAUUCGAAGGUUGCAGGAAGAUGGAGAAAAAAGUUGCUAGUUAUUUUCGUCUCACUUGGAAUUGUUGGUUCCGCGUGGCUAUUUUGGCACCUGAAUUCCGACAUUGUGCAAAGAAGAGAAGAAAUGCUUGCCACUAUGUGUGACGAGCGAGCCGGUAUGCUGCAAGAUCAGUUUAACGUGAGCUUGAACCAUGUUCACGCCCUCGCUAUUCUUGUGUCUACAUUUCAUCAUGGUAAACAUCCUUCUGCUGUUGACCAGAAUAUUUUCGGAGAAUAUACUGAGAGUUCUGCAUUUGAGAGACCACUUACUAGUGGUGUUGCUUAUGCUUUGAAAGUUCUGCAUUCCGAUAGGAUGAAUUUCGAGAAGCAGCAUGGGUGGACAAUUAAGAAAAUGGAAACCGAGAACGAGGCAUUAGUUCAAGAUUGUAUUCCAGAAAACUUGGAUCCGGCGCCUAUUCAAGAUGAAUAUGCACCGGUCAUAUUUGCUCAAGAAACCGUUUCUCAUAUUGUAUCUAUUGACAUGAUGUCAGGGAAGGAAGACCGUGAGAAUAUUUUGCGAGCAAGGGCGUCUGGAAAGGGUGUUCUGACAUCCCCUUUUAAACUACUGAAGUCCAAUCACCUAGGUGUUGUACUUACAUUUGCUGUCUAUGGCUCUAAGCUUCCUCCAGAUGCUACACCUGAACAGCGUAUUGAAGCUACUGUCGGGUAUUUGGGCGCAUCUUACGAUGUUCUGUCACUGGUAGACAAGCUUCUUCACCAACUUGCCAGCAAGCAAACUAUUGUUGUUAAUGUUUAUGACACAACUAAUGCAUCUGCACAUAUUACAAUGUAUGGUACCGAUGUUGUUGAUACUGGCCUACUACACGUAAGCGGUCUAGAUUUUGGGGAUCCGCUACGAAAACACGAAAUGCACUGCAGGUUCAAGCACAUGCCUCCAUUUCCUUGGACUGCAGUCAAUGCAUCUGUGGGGGUAUUUGUUAUUACCUUGCUUCUUGGACAUAUAUUUCAUGCAGCGAUAAAUCGAAUAGCUCAAGUAGAGGAUGACUAUCGUCGAAUGAAAGAGCUCAUGGUUCGCGCUGAGGCUGCAGAUGUUGCAAAAUCUCAGUUUCUUGCGACAGUUUCGCAUGAGAUCAGGACUCCAAUGAAUGGUGUUUUAGGUAUGCUGCAAAUGUUGAUGGAUACUGACCUUGAUGACAAUCAGAUCGAUUGUGCCCAAACUGCUCAUGAUAGUGGUAAAGAUCUUAUAUCGGUCAUAAGUGAGGUUCUCGAACAAGCUAAGAUUGAGGCCGGAAGGCUUGAACUCGAAGCUGUAGCUUUUCAUCCACAUGCUAUUCUCGAUGAAGUUCUAUCACAUUUCUCUGAAAAAUCCAUUGAAAAACGAAUCGAGUUGGCUGUUUAUGCGUCCAACCAAGUACCUCAAGUUGUCAUCGGCGAUCCUAAACGCUUCCGGCAAAUAAUUACCAAUCUUGUCGGAAACUCACUAAAGUUCACUCACGAUAAAGGACAUGUUUUUGUCUCGAUUCAUCUUUCAAACGAAGUGAAGAAUCCACUUCAUAUCAUGGAUCCAGUGCUGAGAGAAGGCUUAAACACGAGUCACGACAUAUCGGAAAGAACAUGUAACACAUUGAGUGGAUUUCCUGUAGGCAACAGAUGGAAAAGCUGGGAAAAUUUUAAAAAGUUAAAUUUGGCGGAAGAGUCUGAAACUGUUCAACUACUAGUAACGGUUGAGGACACUGGUAUAGGAAUUCCGACCGAUGCACAAAGCCGCAUAUUUACACCUUUUAUGCAGGCUGAUAGUUCUACAUCUCGAACAUACGGUGGAACUGGAAUAGGAUUGAGCAUUAGUAAAUGUCUAGUUGACCUCAUGGGAGGAGAAAUUGGAUUUGUAAGUGAGCCUGAAAUUGGAAGUACUUUUUCGUUUACUGGAAAUUUCAGAAAAGGAAAAUCCGAAUCUCGGGAUGAAAACUGGCAGAAGAACAACCCUGAGUUCCAAGGAUUGAAAGCAUUAGUAGUAGAUAGAAGAAAAAUCCGAACCGAGGUUACACGAUAUCACCUGCAGAGGUUAGGGAUGUCUGUGGAUGUAAAAUUCAGUCUAUCCGAAGCUUGCAACUCAAGUAUGUCAACACAGCCGGCCAUGAUUCUCAUCGAGAAGGAUGCUUGGGACAAGGAAAGUAGUAGCUUAUUCGAAAUCAAGAAACACGUACAUAAUGGCGUCAAAGAGGACCCGUUAAAGUUUUCAAAGAUUUUUCUCCUGUCCGCCCAUCUAAGCUUUGGCGAGCGCAACGAGCUGAAGUCAGAUGGUAUCAUAGAUGAUAUACUAAUGAAGCCUCUUUGGCUAAAUGCUUUGAUUCGAUACUACAGAGAAUCCCUCGGAAUUGGGAGAAAACAAGUUACUAGAAGGAAAGUAUCCAAACUUGAAAAUUUGUUACUACACAAACAAAUUUUGGUGGUCGAUGAUAAUGCGGUGAACAGAAAAGUUGCAGAAGGUGUUCUGCGAAAAUACGCGGCAGUAGUUACUUGUGUUGAGGGCGGUAAGGCUGCUUUAAAGCUGCUUAAACCACCGCAUAAUUUUGAUGCUUGUUUUAUGGAUCUCCAAAUGCCAGAAAUGGACGGUUUUGAGGUUACGAGGCAAAUCCGGUAUAUGGAGAACGAGGUAAAUGAAAAAAUUGCCUCUGGGGAAGCAAUGGCAGAGAUGUUUGGCAAUAAUUCUCAUUGGCACACUCCAAUAUUAGCUAUGACAGCUCAUGUAACUCCGGCAUCAAAUGAAGAAUGCAAAAAAUGUGGGAUGGACGACUACGUGUCAAAGCCAUUCGAAGAAGAGCAGCUCUAUAUGGCAGUUGCACGUGUCUUCAGUAUCGGGUCAUAG